AUGGAACUGCAAGAGAAAUUUUCAGAAAAAAUAGAGAAGGAAAUUAGUAGAGGAAUUAUAAGUUUGGAUGAGCUACAAGAAGCAGUUUUUGCUCGUGCAGCAAGACAGCAAACAGCUGACUACUCAGAUGACUUUGACACCGAUGAAGAUGGCAUGUUAAGCAGUACCAUGGAAGAACUUCCUGAAAGUAUAUCAGCUAUUGAAAAUUCACUUAAGAAGUCAGUUGAUUUUGAGGUUUCUUUCUCAGAUGAGGAGACCCCACAGAAAGUGAACCCUUUGAAAAAGGAAACUGCUGAUGACUUCUUUCCAACAACUGAUGAAGAGAAACCUCAACAAGCGAUUGUUGUGGAAAGUCAAAAUUUAAGUGAUUACAAAGAAGAUGAAAAUGUAUAUUUGCAAAGUCAGAAGGUGGGUGAUGAUGACAGAGAAGUUGAUGAUAAGUUUUCAGUCACUGAAGAAAUUACUUAUGAUGGCAAAGAAGGUGACCAUCAGAAUGAGUUGCCUGUGGCUGAGCUGCAGACUAAAAGGGAAUCAGUUAUUGAAAAAGAAGACGAAAACAAACCAGUACCAAAACCAAGAGAGCACAGAAUAAAAAAUGCAUCAUUUUCAGCUGAGAAUAUCAGCAUUCAUCUACUGGAAGAUCAUUGUAAACCAUUACCUCAACCAAGAAGUGUGUUAAGAAGGAGCAGCCCUGUGAAAGAUAAAGAUAUUACAAGAGCGGAAGAUAAGACAACUUCUACUGUUAGGUUAUCUUCAUUUUCUGCACCAUCCUCCCUCACUAGGUUGAAUGACCUAAUAACAUCUGAGAGAAGAGUACUUUCUGAAUGUCCUAGUCCUGAGGGUCCGUGGCUACCAAGCUCUUCACCAUCAUUACGUAUUCAUUUUCCUUCAACUGAUGAGAGAACUGGAGAUUCUGAUUUCUUGAUGUGUGGAGAAGGAUCUCUCCCUAAAGACCAUGUUGAGGCAGAAGACAAGUGCAGUGAUUUGAUAUUAGAAGAUAAUGGUAGAAAAUCCCCCUCUGUGAUCGAACUAAUGAUGACUACAGUGUAUGAGAAAACUAAAAAAUUACACAAAUCAACUGAUGACUCUCCUGAAGAAAAUUUGCAAACCUUGGAAGAGCAAAUUAUUAUCGAUGGCGUAAAGGAGGUAUCACUGAAUGAUAAACCUGAAUGCAUGGUUGCAGCGAGUACUUCAAAGGACUCUAUCAUGAAAGAUGGUGAAGAAAAGCAAGCAGUUCCACAAAAAGUGAAGCCUUCUUCAUCAGGCAGGUCCCUGACAUCUACCUAUUUGAAAAAAGCCGGGAAAGCCGUUCCUCCAUCUACAACGACAUCAUCUCAAUAUUUGGGUACAUUAAAGGUCUUGGACAAUAAACAUUUACAGAAAUAUAGUGCUGAGCUUGACAAAGCAGAUCACUUACGGGCAGCUGUUUAUCAGGAUUGGUUGGAGAAGAAAAGAGUCUUUCUACUGGAACUACAGAGAAUUAAAAGGAACAAAACCAAAGACUUAAAGAGCAAAAUCGAAAAGGAAGAAGCUGCUAAGAAAGAGGAAGCAAUUGCAUCAUUUGAAGCCUGGAAGGCAAUGAAAAAAAGAGAAGCAAAGAAAGUAGCUGAAAAAAAGAAGCUUGAGGAGCUGAAGAAAAGAAGAGCAACAGAACAGAAUGAGGAGAAAAAAGAAGAAGCCCAAAAGGCAUUUGAAAAAUGGAAAGAAAAGAAAACAGAAUAUCUGAGAGAACAAAGUAGAAAAGAAAAACAAGCUGAACAAAUCAGGAAGAAGAAAGAAGAAGAAGUUAUUGCAGAAAAGAAGAGAGAGAGCAUGUCUGCAGUUGAAAAAUGGAAGGAGAAAAAGGAAGAAUUUAUUAAACAAAAGAACGUAGAAAAAAUCCAUGAGAAGAAAAACGAAGAAAUUCAGCAGGCUGAGAGGGAAGAAAAGGAUAAAAGGGCUAUUGAGGAAUAUGAAAGAUGGCUGGAAAGGAAAGAGAGGAGGGAACUGAUUGAGAAAAAGCAAAAGAAGCUCCAAGUUAUUCUUGAAGAUGAAACCCCUCCUCCUUGGAGCCCACCUGGCAAAGUUGCAUCUACAAGGGGUUACUGAUAAGUCCACCACCUUCCGUGAGGAAAGUUCAUUUCCAAAGCUCUGACAUUGUGUAAACAUUAUUCCACAACACCUGAUUUUAAAUUGAGUCAACAUCGGCUACUGCAUCCUUUCUUUUUAGGUUGAUUUAGUCUCUUUUGUGGAACACCUAAGUGCACAUCAUAAGUAGAUCAGUUGUUCUUUUUCAUUGUAUUUCACCAAUUAUUUCAGAGUUAACUUCUUUGUUAACCUUCUAUCAGCUUGUUCAUUUUAGUGAAAAUGCACAUUCAAGACCUUGAGGGCCAACACCCUUUUUUCCACUGAAUAAUAAGUUGCCCCAGGUAGUUAGUUUCUCAGAAAGCAAAUAAGGGUUCUAUUCAACAUGAAUAAGGAAGUCAGAAAUUGGACCCAAAUGAGUAGUCUAUGUAGGGUUAAGUUAGUUCUUAUUCAAAACACAGAGCAAAGUAGUAGAAAGUACCAUAUCAUUUUACAUUCAGACAGGAUCUAAAAAUCAAGUUAUAUGUCAAAGGCAGCCAAACUUCCAAACCCCCUUAUGGGUGCAAGCAGAAGUAACAAUUGAAAUGCUUCACAGGGCCAUCCAUUUUACAUAGAUACUAUAAACCAGUGUCCAAUAUCUGAAUAGUGGUAAGCAAGGCAAGGGGAAAUCAAAAUGGCAGUUUUCACUAUAUGUUGAAACUGGCAAUAUGCAGUUGUGCAAAGCACAAGGAUAGCAUAAGCUUUUGCAGCAGCAUAAGCAACUUACGCUUUUUAUAUGCUUGGAGUGCGAAGGCCUGAUAAUGCUGUCCCCAGAAAGGAAACAUCCAGAGAGGAUAUCACUGUUCUUUUAAAUAAAAUAAUCUCUUUCUUUUUGGCCUUAACUAAAUGAGAGGUAGCAAGCAUAUUCUGUGGUGAGGGCUAAAUUAAGUUUUAAUGAUCUGUGAGGCCAGUGUCCAGCAAUAAGGUUGUAUGGUAACAGUGUAAAGUAAAAAGAUCAAGGCUAGGAUAUAGGCCUUAAAUAGUUAGAGAUAUGUGGUGCAGCUGGCAGAAAUUCAUGGGUAAAUAGUAAAUUUGCCAAAACUGUGGCUUUAAUCAUUAUAAAGCUAUUUGUGAUCUUUUUUUCUUGAAUGCAUUAAUUGGCUGGAAAAACAUUUUUAGGACUAGAGUCACAAAACUAGUGGUGAUGUUGUCCCCCUUUUGACAUAAUAGUUCAGGGGUAGAGCACCUUCCUAGAAUGUGUGAAACCCACUAUUUUCCUUUGUCACAAAGGCUUUGCCCUGUCUUCUACCUCUUGGAGUAUCCCAAACACCAGGCUGUUGGUUAAUUUGGGAGAGGUAGGGUAUUCUGUUGAUACCGUUCUGUAUUGUAUGAAUCAGUGGUUUCAAAAUGGUGGUCUAUGAAAUCAUUGCGAAUGACCCACAGGUAAACUGGAUUGCUUUGGACCCAUAGUACAUCAUACAGUGUUUUCAACUAAAAUCUUGACAGUAAGUGUGUGCACAGUGGUCUGUGAGAAAUGUUGAGAGUUCACAAAGGUCCAGUGCUCCAAAAAGUUUGGAAUCACUGGUAAAAGUAAUUGAAUGCUCUCUGAAGCAGAAGCAAAAUUUCUGUGACUUGCCUCCCAAAGAGUACCCUCACCACCAGGCUUGAAGGACAUAGUCUCUUUCUCCUUCUCAGUAAUAAUUUAAGUAUUGUGUACAUAGUGGAACAGCUUCAACAAGAAAAACUGAGAGAGACCCACCUUGGUGUUUAGGACAAGCACCUGAAAAGCAGGUGACCAUGGGUCAAAUCCUUGCUGUGAAUCUGCAAGACAGUGGAACUCACUUUGGGUCUCCUUUCUCUUUGUUGAGGGCUUUAAUCAGCAGGCUAUAAGGUAUUGUAAGGUGAGUCUCCCUUGGUUCUUCUUACUAGAGCUGCUCUACUUCAUACAGUCUCUUUAGGCUUGAGGUUAGGAUAUUCAACCUUAAUAUAAAAUGCACAGAUUCGUGUAACUGUUUGUUUAUACGCAGUUAACAUUGCCAACAACAGAAGUUGCAAAUCCAUGAAUAUGUGUACAUGUGCACAACUGCUGGUUAGGACACUAUCCUGAGAUGUAGAGUAAGUGGAUUCAAGUAUUCUCAGAUAGAGGCAGGAUUUAAUCUGGAUUUCUUAUGUCUUGGUUGAGAGCUUUAAUCUGGAUUUAUUGAGCAAAACAUGGAAUGUCAGAGGAGGAUCCAAAUUCUGUGUCGUCUUUUCUUUAUUUUCUUUACUUUUCAUAUAAGUGACCCUAAAAAAUUAAGCAUUUCAUUUUGGGUUGAAUGAAACAUUUUGCUUCAAGCAAUAUGGCAGAUGAACAAAUCUGUUUUCACACAAUGCUACUGUGCUGUGACAGGCAUUAUAUGCUUACAAAGGGACUUAAAAUUGUGGGGGAAGAAGAGAAGAAAAAGGAAGAAUCUCUACCUUAAUCCUUGUAAGGGCUACCAGAACUAAUGUGGGUUGGAUAUGCAGGACCAAGUGAACACUAUGCAUGUACUGCUCCACACCUUAAAAAAGGGGUGGUUGGGUGCUGGCUAGGGCAGAUGAGGUAUUGGGGGUGGGGUAGGCAUCAUAAUCUGCUGAUAAACACCAGCAGAAAUUUCUGUCCUUCACCCAUCAGGAAGGAGAAAAUAGGGAAUUGUGUCUCAAAUGUGAGUCUCUUGGGAACACUUCAUGAUGCUUCUUAUGCUCCUGUCACUAGCUUAGUGCUGUCUAAAGGCAUACAAUGGACCCUACAAAGAGGGUUUUGACCAUUUUUCUUGAUUAGCCUUAAUUAAAGUGUACACUGAUCAAAAUUGAGACAGCAUACUAAAAGUGCUGUCUUCUAUGAUUAAUCCUUUAAAAGACUAUCAGAGAUUUUUACAGAGCCUUAAAAAUGUGCUUUCAUGUUAGUCUUGAGGACUAAGAGCUACUGCUUUGUCAUGAUUAAGGAUGUGUUACAGAAUUCACUUUUACAGAAACUUUAAACAUGUAUUUUGUGAAAAUCUUACCGACAUAAAAACCAGAAUAUACACUUUAAGCACUAUCUGAUAGUUUUUCAUAAUAAUUGAUGGAAUAUUAGAUAAUACUGAAAACUUAAGAAUAAAAAAAAAAACCACUUUUGGUGAUUUCCCAUUACAACUCUGGUUUCUCACUUGUCUUUGAGGGUUUAGGUUGUAGCCGAGUUGGUCUAAGGACAUAGGCAGACAAGGUUCCUUGGGUGAAUUUGAUAUCUUUUAUUAGACCAACCCAAAUAGUUGGAGAAAAGUUAGUAAGCAAGAUUUCGGGUUCAAAAACCCUUACUAGUCAAAAACACUUUGAACCUGUUUCCUGGCCACAUGCCAACUCCAAAAAUAUCAGCAUGUGCAUAUGCAGAUGGAGAGAAAUUGCUGAUAAAACAUUUUAACACUCUAUAAUACUUUGAAAUCUGUCUCAAACCAGAUACCCAAAAGGAAAAUAUACGCAAUAAUAGAGGGCUGUCCAAUCUUACAACAAAGGCAUAAUAAAUUCCAACGCCUAGAAGCUUGAAAGUAAACCUCUCUAACCUUGAAUAACAUGAACUUUCUUCAUCAAACUUUCUCUCUAAUGCAAAAUCAACAGUAUUAAGCACAACAAUUUCCCAGGUGCAUGAAAAGAGCAGCACAUCUAUCCAUGACUUUUAAUUAAUAGUGACCACACACCUUGGCUUCUAUGAAGUUUUACAUUUAAGGGUGAGCAUUUGUUACUCUUGGGCAUCUGGUGGAGAUGGAAGUAAAAGUCUUAGGAAGCACUGGAGUGUAUUAUCUACAGUGGUCUAGGCAAUAUAAAGCUGCACAAUGGGAGCAUCUACAUGGGUUCUUUAAUGCACAGUAGACUAUUUUACUGAGCAUUAAAGCAUCACGUAAAAAAAAGUGACAUUAUGCUAAUAUGCAAUAAAAUAGUCUAGUACGCAUUAAGCAUCACAAAAAAGCAUGAAAAUGGGCCACUGCACAUAGAGCAACUUAAUGCCCAUUAAUUUAGUACCUCACAUUGAAGGUACUAAAUUUAAUACGCAUUAGAAAAGGUGCGUUAAUGCAUGUGUAGAAAUGCUCAGUAAUGCUUAACUCUGUCCCCUUAACUUUUUAUUUUCCAUGACUUGGGUUUUGUUUUGAAGGAAUAUGUCCUGUAUUCUUAGCUGUUUCUAAGUAUAGUUUGCAUUUUACUUUAUGAUGUUUUUAAAAUACAGCAUACUGUAGAAAGGAUAGGUGCCUCUUAUUUGUUUGAUCCUACACUGUAUCUGGAUUUUUCUUUUUACACAAUAGAUUAUUUGUAUGGGUAUGGUGUCUGAGAGCCUUACUUGUGGCCUCAAGACUGUUCUGCUGGGUUCUGUAAAACACAGAACAAAAAGAAGCUUUGCCAGGGCAACUCCCAAAAUAGCUUUGCCAGUGCAACUCCUGGUGUGGACAGAACUAUGCCGACAAACGAGAGUUUUAGUCUGCUUAGCCAACAGAGCUCUGCUGACUCAGCUCUAGCAACCUGGGGUAUGGACACACGUAACAGUUGAAUCAUUCUCAGAUAUCACUGAUUGGGAACCAGUUCACAAUUAUCACAGGUCAAAAGUGACCACACAUACGGUGCCAUAUAUUCCAGGUGGAACAGUCACCUUGUAGGGGUUGAAAUGCUGUGGUUCCAGCAGCAGGGUGUAGGAGUGAACACACAGCCCAUCAAGCAUCACGGGGGUUAGUGGAGUGGGGUGCAUGCACCCACACUUUGGGGGUACCAGAGGUGGGUGACCUGUGGCCCUGGGGCAUUUUCACUUUUCUUCUUCUUUCUUAAACAUGAGUUUAGUAAAAUUCAGUAGCUGGCACUUGACUGAGCUCUGCAAUGUGCCUGCCAGACUUGAGGUACCUGAGAAUGCUUGGAUCCAAGCUUUAGGGUUCCAGAGGAUGGGGGACAUGAUGGGGGGCUGCAGUCAAGUAGGGACUGAGGACACAGGUGAUUGUUAGGAAGGUGGCUUUUAUUAAAUAAGUAGUACAAGGGAGCACAUUGAUUAAAAAAAAUACAAACAAAAGGGGAUAGUAGAGUUCGGACGACAUGCCAAAGUGGUCAUUUACAGGUGUGUUUGUGGUUGGGGGUGAUAGUGCGGAAGGCCUAGGGAACCAACCAGACCCAUGCCAGAGAACCCUUCUGGAGACUUUACACAUGCUCUGGGGUGGGGGGGCGCUUUAAUUAGAGUGAUGCUGAGAACCGCUGUAAUUAAAGCACCCACAGCAUCAUGUGUAUUCAGCAUCCUACACUUUAAAA